AUGGUGCUCUCGCUGCCCGUCCCCAGCUUCGUCCGAGCCUCCUCCACUCCCCCGCGCCCCGCCGACGCCGACGCGCCCGCACCGCAAUCCCGCCGCCGCCGCGGAUCAGCGGCCGGUUCCUCCUCCAGUUCCUCGUCCAACCGCAGCCUCUGGAGAUCAUCUACAAGUGGUGUGCCAGAUGCGACGGCCUCCUCGCCAAGUAACCAGCCCAUCAUCUUAGAAGCGUUGCGGAAUAAUCCGUUCGGGAGCACGUCGCGGUCUCGCUCGAUACAGCUGUCGAUACAGGAAGUGGAAGAGCAGAAACGAGAGCAGGAGGAACUGAAUGCUUCGCUCGAGACGCUGGCGCGGAUCUUCCCGGAUGUGAGGAUCGAGGUCUUUCGCGAGUUGUUGGUACGGUUUGAUGGUCAGAGUCGGCUGCAGGUUUGCGUCGAACAGCUGCUUCGUCAUAAGAAGGAAUGGGUUUCUGGUCGUUGGAAUAUCCCUGAUGGCCAACAACAGUAUGGGAAGGAUGGCAAGGCUGGUGAAAGACCUGCUUAUCACAGUGUGGCCGCGGAGAAUCUAGUCCCUCCCGAGGAACGAUUUCGAUCUGAUGAAUACAAGGCUGCUGUGCGGAUGGCGCUGUCGAAGGAAUUCAGCAGCCUCAGCAAGAGCACUCUUGAUGCUGUACUGGCUGAAGUGAAUUUCAGUUAUGUGCGAGCAAGACCAACGCUACGGGAUCUAUCGCGCCGGACAUGGAGGGCUACCUUUAACAGCAUCUUUCCGUCGUUCAAGCGCAAGAAAGAUAAGGACGAGCACCCGUUUGUGACCUGGUAUCGACACGCAGGUGGUGAUAUUGUUCCCCGGCUCAAAGAAACAGGAUGUGCCGAGCUUAAUGGCGAGAUCCACGCGAUGUUUGUUGCGCCUGUUCUGUUGCAACAUCGUGAGGAGCAAGAGUCGGGCGAUUUCCGAAUCGCCUCCGAACUGAAUGAGAAGGAGGCGCAGGCGGCCGAUGCCCUUUAUGAAUGUGAAUGCUGUUUUGCAGACGUGACGUUUGAGCAAAUCGCAACGUGCUCGGCCAAUACCCAUAUCAUUUGCUAUACCUGCAUCCAGCGAACUAUAUCCGAAGCGCUUUUUGGGCAAGGUUGGGGCAAGUCAGUUGACUUGGAGCACUCGACGCUGAAAUGCAUUGCUCCCUUGUCUGUCGGCGCCUGCGAGGGAUGUCUUCAUCCGGAAAUUGUGCGUCAGGCUGUCCUACUGGAUACAGCUGGUCCUGAGACAUAUCGCAAAUUCGAAGAUAGAUUGGCUUCCGAUACCCUGAUAAAAUCACAAUUGAAGCUCAUUCGAUGUCCGUUCUGCUCCUACGCCGAAGCGGAUCCCGUCUAUCAUCCUUCGUCCCGUGGCAUUGUCUGGCGUGUCCGUCGGGAUGGAGGCAUUCUUUCGAGCGUUCUGAUGACCAUUCUCAUCCUUGACCUUAUUCCUUUUCUCCUGCCGAUUCUCUUGGUCUUGAUGAUUGUGGUCCCGACGUACCCUAACACCGUUUUCAACAAUGCCCUCCGCCACCUCUGCUUCAAGCUCCGACCCAAGAGAUUUACAUGCGCGCAUCCAUCUUGUCAGCGGGUUAGCUGCAUGACCUGCGAAAAGCCCUGGCAAGACCCACACGUCUGCCACGAACCACUCCUCCUCGACCUCCGCGCGACAGUCGAAGCCGCACGCACGGCAGCAGUGAAACGAACGUGUCCACGCUGCGGCCUCUCCUUCGUCAAAUCUUCCGGCUGCAACAAGCUAACCUGCGUCUGCGGAUACUCAAUGUGCUACCUAUGCCGAAAGGCACUAGGACCACAGAUCCGCGGAGUGGAAGCAGAUCGGCCCAGACGACCCCGUCUACAAGCCCUCGACGGACCCGCCGACGACGGAGACGAAAGAGACGCAGAAAAUUCCUCCGAAGACGAAUUCGAAGAACCAGAAGGCUACAAGCAUUUCUGCGAGCACUUCCGCAUAAACCCUGGCUCCAGCUGCACAGAAUGCAGCAAAUGCGACCUCUACCAAGCCGAAGAUGAAGAAGCCGUUGCCCGCCGUGCAGGCGAGAAGGCCGAGCGCGAAUGGAUCAUUCGUCAGGGUGAGUCGGCAGACAGUACCUCCGCCUCUGCCCUCGGACUCCGCAAUGUCAAUCAGGACUUGUCGGCUGGUGCGAACGGGAAUUCAGUCGCCCGCCGAGCCUCGAAUGCAUUGUGGGACCUGCAGUUGACCCAUGGGAAGCCUUGGAGUUAUUGGCUGGGUGACGUUUGGUCGGAGGGACGGUGGAAAUUGGAAGCGCAGGUUUUGGUGAAUUGGGUUGUUGAGCAGGUUCUUGUUAUUGACGAGAUUUGA